UACGUGAAGACCUUUUUCCAGUCUCUAAACUCUUGUGUUGUUAAAGUUAACGCGAGUGCAUCCGAUAUGCUACUUUGCGCGCGGUAUCUUCAAUAAAAUAGUAGUAUAGUGAAUGUGAAAUUCCAAAAGAAAAGGGAAAAUUUUUUUUUAUCUAUUUUUUAAAAGUGAAAUUUUUUUUUUUACAAUUUUAUAAUUCUGUUUUGAAUGUUAUAAAUGUCAUUUAGUUAAUUUUUUUUUUUUUACUUUUUUCUUGUAUCUCACAGGACGAGAUGGUGUUACAGCUAAAGCUUCUUUUAAGAAUCAAUAAAGUGGGAGCUAGAGCGUUAUGCAGCGAAGCAAUUAGCUCGAUUAGAGAUGUUAGCGAUGUGCAAGAAGUGAAUCACAUAAGGCCUUACGAGGAAAUUCCAGGCCCAAAACCAAUUCCAAUUUUGGGUAAUACUUGGCGAAUGUUUCCUGUUAUUGGCCAGUACACAAUUUCUGACACUGCUCGAAUAACUCAAAUUUUUUACCAAGAAUACGGUAAAAUUGUGAGAUUAACUGGUUUAAUUGGACGACCUGAUCUUCUGUUCGUCUACGAUGCCGACGAGAUUGAAAAAAUUUAUCGUCAAGAGGGACCAACGCCAUUUCGACCUUCGAUGCCGUGCCUGGUGAAAUACAAGGGGAAAGUGAGAAAAGAAUUUUUCGGCGAAUUGCCCGGUGUCGUUGGCGUUCAUGGCGAACCUUGGAGGGAAUUUCGAUCAAGAGUCCAAAAACCAAUUCUUCAGCCACAAACUGUCAGAAAAUAUAUUACGCCUAUUGAAGUUGUGACGAACGAUUUUAUCGAGAGAAUUAACGAGAUAAAGGACGAGAACAACGAGGUGCCGGCAGAUUUUGAAAAUGAAAUUCAUAAAUGGGCUCUUGAAUGUAUUGGAAGAGUUGCUUUAGAUGUGAGACUUGGAUGUUUAGGCAAAGAUUUAACGCCCGAUUCUGAACCGCAGAAAAUUAUAAAUGGUGCUAAAUUUGCUCUGCGAAAUGUGGCCACUUUGGAAUUAAAAGCUCCUUAUUGGCGGUACAUUCCCACUCCCCUUUGGACACGUUACGUUCGAAAUAUGGAUUAUUUCGUCGAAGUUUGCAUGAAAUAUAUAGACGCUGCAGUGGAGAGAUUGAGGAAAAAGAAAUCAGUCAGCGAAUCAGAAUUGUCUCUUGUCGAGAGGAUUCUCGCUAAGGAAUCAGAUCCAAAAAUUGCCUACGUACUGGCUUUAGAUUUAAUUUUAGUUGGAAUUGAUACGAUUUCAAUGGCUGUUUGCUCGAUUCUUUAUCAACUCGCAACGAGACCCGAGGAGCAGGAGAAAAUUUAUCGGGAAUUAGUGGAAAUAUUGCCCGAUCCAUCGGUGCCACUUACAUCCAAGCAUUUGGAUCAAAUUGUUUAUAUGAAAGGAUUCAUUCGAGAAGUAUUUAGAAUGUACUCGACAGUAAUUGGGAAUGGAAGAACAAUGCAACAAGACACGGUUAUCUGUGGAUACAAAGUUCCAAAGGGGGUUCAAGUUGUAUUCCCGACACUUGUGACCGGAAACAUGGACGAGUACGUUGAUGACGCAAAGUCUUUUAAGCCAUCAAGAUGGCUCAAAGAGGAAUCGCAUAAAAAAUUACAUUCCUUCGCGUCACUGCCUUACGGUCACGGAGCACGCAUGUGUUUGGGCCGAAGAUUUGCUGACCUCGAAAUUCAAGUUCUUCUCGCCAAGCUGAUACGUUCCUAUAAAUUGGAGUACCAUCACGAGCCACUCAAGUACAAAGUAACCUUCAUGUACGCGCCCGACGGAGAUCUCAAGUUCAACGUUAUAAAAAGAUAAUAAUAACAAUAAUUAUUGUUAAAUAUAAAAAAAAUUUUCAACCUACAAGCAGUAUUUUGGGGAAAGAAAAAUAUUGCUCACUUCAUGUCGGGAAAAUAAAGUGAAAAAAAAGAAAAUACAAUUGAAAAUUAGAACAAAAAUUUUCUAAAACAAUUGAUUUUACAUACUUCUAAGUUUCGAAUGAUUUAAAUUAUUACCAUUUCGAAAGGGAGUAUAUUAAAGUAAUUAUAUCAAAAAUUCCAAAUUUUAUUUAUGCGAAAAUUAAUUUAUUCAACAAAUUGUCG